UCCCGGAGCCACAGUCUUGCUGGGUGACUAAUUCUGAGUUUGUGCUGUAGAGUGGAUCUGUGAAGGCAGGGAAGAUGCCAGAAGGGGAGAAAAUGAGACAGUGUAAACAAGAAGAGGAGCAGCAGCAGAAAGAAGAGGAGCGGGAGGGUCUUAUCGAAUUCUACAGUUCCUACCAGGAGCUAUUCCAGUUCUUCUGCAGCAACACAACCAUCCACGGGGCUAUCCGCCUGGUGUGCUCCAAAAAGAAUAAGAUGAAGACAGCCUUCUGGUCCGUUCUCUUCUUUCUCACCUUCGGCUUAAUGUACUGGCAGUUCGGGAUCCUCUAUAGAGAGUACUUCAGCUACCCUGUCAACCUCAACCUCAACCUGAACUCUGACAGGCUGACUUUCCCGGCUGUGACGCUGUGCACCCUCAAUCCGUACAGAUACAGCGCCAUCCGAAAGCAGCUGGAUAAGCUGGACCAAAUCACUCAGCAGACACUGCUAGACCUCUAUGACUACAACAUGUCUCUGCCACAAAGAGACUGGUCCACAUCGUCCACACAAAAGCGUAGCACAAGGAGCCUGCUCCAUCAUGUCCAGCGCCAUCCUUUGCGGAGACAGAAGCGGGAUAACUUGGUCAACUUGCCAGAGAACAGUCCCUCAGUGGACAAGAAUGACUGGAAAAUUGGCUUUGUUCUGUGCAGUGAAAACAACGACUGUUUCCAUCAGGCGUACUCCUCGGGAGUGGAUGCUGUGCGGGAAUGGUACAGCUUUCACUACAUCAAUAUCCUGGCGCAGGUGCCUGAUGCAAAAGCCCUGGAUGAGUCUGACUUUGAGAAUUUCAUCUAUGCCUGCCGCUUCAAUGAGGCAACGUGUGACAAGGCGAACUACACCCACUUCCACCACCCCUUGUAUGGGAACUGCUAUACCUUUAAUGACAACAGCAGCAGCGUGUGGACAUCCUCGCUGCCUGGGAUCAAUAAUGGUCUCUCUCUGGUGGUGCGCACCGAGCAGAAUGAUUUCAUCCCUCUGCUGUCCACGGUGACAGGAGCCAGGGUCAUGGUCCAUGAUCAGAAUGAGCCAGCCUUCAUGGAUGAUGGGGGUUUCAAUGUUCGUCCUGGCAUUGAGACCUCCAUCAGCAUGAGAAAGGAGAUGACCGUGCGCCUUGGGGGCAGUUACAGCGAUUGCACAGAGGAUGGCAGUGACGUGCCAGUGCAAAACCUGUACUCAUCCCGCUACACCGAGCAGGUCUGCAUUCGCUCCUGCUUUCAGCUCAACAUGGUAGAACGCUGUGGCUGUGCAUAUUACUUCUAUCCCUUGCCCGACGGAGCAGAGUACUGUGACUACACGAAGCACACAGCCUGGGGCUACUGCUAUUACAAACUCCUGGCUGAAUUCAAAGCUGAUGUGCUGGGCUGUUUCCACAAGUGCCGGAAACCUUGCAAAAUGACAGAAUACCAGCUGUCAGCUGGAUACUCUCGCUGGCCUUCUGCUGUCUCAGAGGACUGGGUUUUCUACAUGCUUUCACAACAGAACAAAUACAAUAUCACUUCCAAGAGGAACGGAGUUGCCAAAGUGAAUAUCUUUUUUGAGGAGUGGAACUACAAGACCAAUGGGGAGUCUCCAGCCUUCACGGUAGUGACUCUGCUGUCCCAGCUUGGGAACCAGUGGAGUCUCUGGUUUGGAUCCUCUGUCCUGUCUGUGAUGGAGCUUGCAGAGCUGGUUCUGGAUUUCAUUGCCAUCACCUUUAUCCUGGCGUUCCGCUGGUACCGCACUCAGCAGAAGCAGUCUCCACCGGGACCCCCUCUGCACAGUCAGGAUAACACUGCUUUCCAAGAUGAGGCACCAGCUCUCAGUGCUCCACAUCGCUUCACUGUUGAGGCUGUAGUGACCACACUGCCAUCCUACAACAGCCUGGAACCACGUGGGCCGAGCAGGGAUGGUGAGGUGGGACAUGAGUGAGGCAGCAGCUUCUCCCACUCUUCAGAUGGGUGGCAGCUGGAGCACGCUUUGUCUGCAGGGCCUGUGUUUCCUUCUUUCUGGGGUGCUGCACAUGCAUCACAGCAAAAGACUGCUCCGUGGUUGGCCUGGGCUCAUUGCUUUCACUUCUGUAGGCGAAUCCUUCAAUCUCAUAAAAUACUAUUGCUGUGGGAUCACCAGGGAUGAGAGCUGAUCUAGUGUAUGUAUGGGGGAGAUGUCCUCUCGAUUUCCUUAUGCUCUGUGCAUGUGCACACCUACAUGUGCAUGCAUGCUUUCUUUUCCGUCCAACAAGGGAAACUGCUGCCACAGUUCUGGUCUGUCAUUAAUUAAAGAGGUUUGGCAGGUGUGACUGGCCUCCUCGUGGUAUGACAAGGAACAGGAAUAGAGUCUCAGCUGGGGCACAAAUCUCUGAACAGGCUGAGCUUUGUUAAGCUUUCCCUAAACUAGUUGCUCUUUCCUCAUUGUUCAUGUCUAGCUCCGAUCCCAAGACUUUGUCACCUACCCUCUCCUCCUCCCAGGGAGAGCCUACUUGACACAAGAGCCACUGGUAUGAUUUCAAUCUGUAUUACACACAAUGCUCUGGAGAGGUGCUCGAAGCUUGCUGCCACUCCCAGGUCUGGGACGAAACACCCCCGGCAAAGUAAAGGCUCCCUUUUCAAGCUGCCUUUGUGGCAUUGGUAGAUCUUGGGUGUCCCCA